AUGACUGUCACUAACUGGCUGAGGGUGAUAGCUGUGCCAAACCACAUUCAUUUGACACUUAUCCCUCUUCAAUUUUGUUUUCCUCUCCACCAAGACCGUCGCACCAGCUCCCUGCCUCUACUGGCCCUCCCUGGAGUGACAUCGAGCAGUGAGGACCAUCCAGAUAACCAGCUUACAAAUGAAAAACACACAGAUGAAAAGCCUAUGAAAGGUAUUGUUAUGAGUUCUGUCGCAGAAUUCAGCAUCACAGACGCUUCAUCAAAGGGCACCAAAAAUGAGAAGAAAUUGUCAGAUGCAAGCAGAUCAUCCAUUGCUUCCCUGGAGAAAUGCAGAGAAUUCUCUUACAUUGAAGAUGAUGCAUCAGUACAUCAGAGAGACAGUGACGAUGAAUGCGCAACACUUAUCCUGGCCUGCUUGUUCUGCCAGUUUUGGGACUUUCUUAUAAUGCUGCCUGAUACCUGUGAACAUUGGCUGACAGAUACCUGUUGUCCAUCCAAUAGAUAUUACCAGACCUCCGACGAAGACCACGGCAGCAACGACUGCAACUGUGACUGUGACAUUGAUUGCAGCCUCUUUGAGUCCUGCCACGAGACUGGGGAGUGCCUGGAGCUGGCCAUGGAGAUCUCAGAAGUCUGCUAUCGCUGAUCAAUAGGAAAAUAAUUGACAAAAUUCCUCAAAACUACCCGACAGAUUACAAAGGAGAUUUUUUUUUUUUAAUAUUAAUCAUAACCAGAGGUUUUGUCAAUGAGGACUAUGUGCAUCUUAUUGCUCCUUCCCUGGAGGUCUCUAUACCUGUACCAUUCUGGUGGCAUGAUAUCACAAACUGCUGAAA